AUGGAUCAAAGAGGUGAUUACCGACCCUCGUUUGAGUUCGACUCAUACGAACAAUACGGGGCCGGCGGUUGGGAUUUACCCGAUUCACAAACAGAAUGGGUACCCGAAACACAAGCCCCUUUACAACAAUCGUUCUUUCCAUUGACCCUACCCGAACUCGAACCAAAAAAACGCUCACACAAGAAAAAACAAGCCGGUGAGUCAUCGGGAUCCAUACAACGAAGGGCUAAGCGUUGGACGGUCGAGGAAGAAUGCGCGUUAGCGCGUGCUUGGGUUGAUGUCUCGGAAAAUCAACGUGUUGGCGUCAACCAAACUAAAACACAAUUUUGGGACCGGAUUCGAGCUUUGUUUUGGACUAGUGUGGGGAAUAAAAGUCGUACCGUCGACAUGAUUUCGGGUCAUUGGAACGAAAUUCGUCGAAAAGUCGGUUUAUUUGGUAAUCUUUAUAAUAAAAAUUGGCCUAAUCGAAAAAGCGGACAAAGUGACUUUGAUGUUUACAACUAUACAAUGGAUGAGUAUUUUCAAGAGAUGAACGUCAUGUUUUCUCAAAGACCCGUUUGGGAGAUUUUGAAAAAAUCUACAAAGUGGCACUUGGUUCCUUUAGUGGUUGAUGGUCAAUUAUCGAAACGAACCAAGACUUCUUCGUCUCAAGAUGUUAGCCAAGGUAGUUCCAACGCUCGUACGGGAAUCAAUCUUAACAACCCCGAUGACGAGUUCGACCCCGACGAGGAACUUCCACGCCCACCGGGGAGGAACAACAAAGCGGGGGCUAAAAAUAAAGGUAUACAAUUUGGCGAUAUAGCGGUCACUUUCAAAGAAGGCAUCGAACGGUUAACUACAAAUCUGGCCGAAAUCGUCACCGUUAAGAAAAACCGACAAAGAUAUUUGGAUAUGAAAACUUUGGCUAUGAAUGUCGAACACCUUAACGAAGAAGAUCGCGAGUUUGCCGAGAUGACUAAGAACGAAAUUCGCGAGGAGUAUCGUAGGAAACGAAACAACAAUUAG